AUGGAGCAAAGUGAGCGACAGCCAUUGCUACCCUCAACAGGCCAAACCAAUAACUCGCAACCGUUAUCGCUCGGCGAUCCACGCGUUGGAAUACCGACCGAGUCCCCAGAUAGCCUUCCAGGCUCAAGUUCCGGGAAAAGCCUCACCUGGACCAGUGCAUACAUACUCGUGGUUUCACGCGUUAUCGGCAGCGGCAUUUUCGCCACGCCAGGAUCCAUCGUGAAAUCUACCGGAAGCAUCGGGCUAACCGUGCUAGUAUGGGUCUUUGGUACAAUUCUCGCCGCAUGUGGAAUGUCCAUCUCGAUGGAAUAUGGCUGCAUGUUGCCUCGGUCUGGAGGGGAUAAGGUGUACUUAGAAUACACCUACUCCCAACCAAGAUUCCUUGCAUCUACUCUUAUCGCAGUGCAAGCAGUGUUGCUAGGUUUCACCGCGAGUAACUGCAUCAUUUUCGCCAAAUAUACCCUUUUCGCGUUCAACGUUGAGCCAACUGAUCUCCAGCACAAGGCUCUUGCGGUAGGCCUUUUAACUACGAUUAUCAUAAUUCAUGGGCGUUUUCUGAAGGCGGGAAUCGCAAUUCAGAAUGCCCUGGGCUGGGUAAAGAUCUUUUUGAUCGGUGCCAUGUCACUGACGGGUAUUUGGGUUUUACUUCUUCGGUUCUUUGGUAAUUCCCAUCAUAUCAUUCCCCAAGAGACUUUCACCACUACUCUUUCGUGGGAUUCAUUGUGGGAGGGCUCAAAUUGGAGCUGGGCCUUGUUGUCAACGGCAAUCUUCAAAGUCAUUUACUCCUAUGCCGGACUAAACAACAUCAACAAUGUGCUCAAUGAAGUCCAUAACCCAGUACAGACUGUGAAGACGGUCUGUCCAUCGGCACUACUGACCGCCGGCGGUCUUUACCUGUUGGCCAAUACUUCCUACCUCCUGGUCGUGCCAAUAGACGACAUCAAGAAUAGCGGCGAAUUGGUGGCUGCAUUGCUAUUCGAGCGGUUAUUUGGCGAUCACAUUGGGAGAACCCUGCUUCCACUUGCGAUUGCAAUUUCAGCAGCAGGUAACGUGAUGGUUGUGACCUUUGCUCACGCUCGAGUCAAUCAAGAAAUCGCUCGCCAGGGCUUCCUGCCAUUCCAAAAUCUCCUUUCCUCCUCCCUUCCAUUCGGAACUCCCCUUGGCGGCCUCCUUGUGCACUAUAUCCCAUCAGUGCUAGUAAUUUCCAUCCCUCCCCAAGGCGACGUCUACAAUUUCAUCCUAGAUGUGGAGGGAUAUCCAGGACAACUCUUUGCACUGGCGAUUACAGUCGGCCUCUUGAUCCUGCGAUACAGGGAGCCGAAUCGUCCCCGGCCAUUCAAAGCGUGGCUACCAGCUAUUUGGAUCCGCAUUGUGGUUUGCCUGGCGCUGCUGGCGGCGCCAUUCAUCCCACCUCCGAAUUGGAAAGGUGAUGUAGACUUUUUCUACGCAACCUAUGCUAUUGUGGGAAUAAGCGUAAUUUUGUUCGGGGUGCUUUACUGGUAUAUAUGGACUGUGUUUCUGCCUCGGCGUGGAGGGUAUACGUUGGAGGAGACAGUGGAAACGCUGGAUGAUGGUACGAAUAUUACGAAGCUCGUUCGCUCUUACAAAUAA